AUGGGCGAAAUGGCCGCCGAGUCGCACGAAAGCAAAGGGCAGCAGCCGGCUGAGAGCACCGCAAACAAUGAAGCAGCCCAGCGGGAGGCCUACGAUUACUGGGGGUAUUUGCUGCAACCAGACAAAUGCGGCACACCAAGGCUGGACCGCCUGCUGAAGGGAAUCGCACAGGUCAUUAGUGACAAGUUCGAGCCCAGCGACUCUCCCGACCUCACGCCAUCCCAGAUCGCAGCAUGGUACCGUGCAGUGGGUGGGAACUACGACGUCCUCUUCACCGAGACGCCUCCCUCCUCGAUCGCCUUCAUCUACCGCUCCCUCGGCGCUUACCACAGCUUGCAACCGUCGGCAAACGACGAUGGCUACUCUUCACCUGGCAUUCCUGCGCUCAAGAAACAGGGCUUCGUGACAUGGCAGACAAUCCAGCUGUUGCUCGGCCCGCAGGAGCAUGUGCCCUUCCUGCAGAAAUCGGUGGAGCAGUUCGACGUGAUCGACCCAGAGACAAACGACACAUUUCUCAAAAUACUGCCGAGCAAGUGCUUCCCGGACAAACCAGAUCCGGCCAUGGAGGAGUGGUACGAGGGCGUUGCUGCUAGACUCAGAAGGGAGGCAGAGGCAGAGGCAAGUGGAGCGCACGUUGAGGACGAGCCGCGGAGCUCAGCAGACAUGCCAGGAGAUGGGUCGUCUGCAGAUGAGAAAACGGGUGCAUUCAAGUACUUCGAAGAUCCCAUGUACCGCAAGUCUCGGCCCAGACCGACCUUCAUGCGACAUGUAUCCAAAGAGCAAGCUCGUGCGAACAACGACCACGGACCCGUGUCGAGAGUCAGGCACAUGCUGAACCCCUUCAGUCGGCGGCGCAGCCUUGUACCGGGGCGCUACGACGACGACGACAGCUACUCAGAAGAAGAUGCUACCCCGGUUGCGCCCAAUCCACCGUCCACCCAACGGUACCCUUCACACAGGCGCACUUACCCACCACGACACGAAAGUUCACUGUCCACGACGGACUCUGACUCUGAUCCUGAGAAGCCGCCGUCGAGACGACGCACGCCUGUCCUUGGUCAUCGAAGACCACACGAGCCGCCCAUCUCGCCGAGGGAAUACUUCCCCACCUAUCCCGAGCCCUAUCGCCCCUCGACACAGCAUGUCCCAAGUGAGAGGCCUGAGGUCAGAACACCCAGCGCGCCCCCACCACAGCCAGUGUACGGUCCGACCAAGUCACCUCUCUUCGCUACGCACGUUGCGCAGAUGCAGGCACGAAACUACUACGAUCGCCCGGCCAUGCCGGCACGAACGAGCUACCGACCCCUACCGGCGGCCCAUGUCAGGUAUGCAAGCCAACCAUCGCCGAUGAGCCCGCAGCGAGAUGUGGAUGCGCCGUAUACGCGUGAGCACGACCGCUACAGCCACCGCGACCGAGAUACUCCGUGGGAGGGUGGAAGCAGCCACCACGGCAGCAGCCAGUCGCAGUCGCACCGCCGCCAUUCUUCAACAGGAGAUGCCAUGUACGCCCGGGAACGCGGCAAUGAGGACCGCGACAUGGCUAGGACACGCAGUCACGACCGAGCGAGGGAUGGGUGGGACGGGCGAGAGAAAGACAGGAGUCGAGACAAGCGAAGCUACGACCGAAGCAGAGGAGACAGCGGUGACAGAGAUCGGGACAGGGACAGAGACAGGGACAGGGACAGGGACAGAGAUAGGCACCGAGGGUUGCAUAGGUAUGUCGGGGGUGUGGAGGGGGGUGUUGGGGGGAGGAGGUAUCCUGUUCCACAUGCUGAUGGUUACUAAAGCGUGCACAGGGUUGGAGGGAGAAUGGCUAGGCUGUUGAAGGAGUUCUGA